AUGUGGUCGUCUUUGCUGGGAGGGCAGAAACGCCCGCCGUGGCUAUUACGGCUGCGCUCCUCUGCUGGUUUUAUCGUCGCGACGGUCUGGAUUUCCUUUUUCACGGAUUAUUUUCUCUAUGCCAUGAUCGUCCCCGUCAUGCCGACUGCCCUGGUCGACCGAGCCGGAGUACCGUAUGAAGAGCGGGAAUACUGGGUUAGCGUGCUCCUCGUGUGCGAAGCCGCCGUCGCCUUCGUCUGCUGUCCUCUUUUCGGCUACAUGGUCGACGUCACUCCCACCCGCCAAUUCCCCUACCUCUUGGGCCUGAUCCUGUUGGGUGCCUCCAUGGUGAUCCUGUCCGUGGCUCAUACUGUGGGUCUAUUUGUUCUCGCACGAUUGAUCCAAGGUGGUGCGACCGCCAUGGUCUCGGUGGCAGGUCUGUCCCUGCUGACCGACACGGUUUCGUUUGACAAUCUCGGCCAGACCAUCGGAUACCUGGGGUCGGCCAUCGCGCUGGGCUUUCUUUUAGGUCCCCUGCUGGGAGGCAUGGUAUAUGACGUAGCGGGGUAUCAGGCGGUCUUCGGAAUGGCCUUUGCCAUUGUGGCCAUUGAUGUCAUUAUGCGAGUUGCGGUGAUUGAGAAGAAGGUCGCGCGUCGCUGGACGGCCGACAUGCCUGAGGAAGACCGUGAACCGGCGUCUCGUGAACCAGCCGAUCGGGGAUAUGACACCUUUGCAGAUCCCGGACUCGUGUCAGACGCAGGUCCUGUAGGGCCACAAAAGCCAGCGCUUCUGCUUAUCGCGCGACAACCCCGGGUGAUAAUCUCGUCGUGGGCGCUUCUCGUCCAGGGCGUGCUAUAUUCAGCCUUUGAUUCAACCAUCCCGGUCUUUGUUGAAUCACGAUUCCACUGGGGACCUUUCGGAGCCGGCAUGGCUUUCCUGCCCUCCGCCAUCACUGCGCUCUUCGAGCCUUAUUUCGGUACCCUGUCGGACCAUUACGGCGCGCGUCUCAUUACCUUCCUGGGGUUCUUGCUGCUGGCUCCACCGCUCAUCUGCCUGCGGUUUGUGGAGCAGAACACCACAUCUCACGUCGUGCUCCUGCUGGUCCUUCUCGGCCUGAUCGGACUGCUGAUUAACUUGUGUAUCCCGGCUCUGUUUGUCGAAACGCAGCAGGUUCUCGAGGAUAUGGAGCGUAGUCGACCGGGGGUCUUCGGCGAGCAGGGAGCCGUGGCGCAGGCAUUUGGCAUCCAGACGAUGGCCCAGUUCAUGGGACUGACCCUGGGACCGCUGUGGGGUGGAUUCUCGGAGUAUCAGUAUGGAUGGAAGACCAUGUCGUUGACGCUGGGGGUGCUGGCAGGCGGGACAGCGAUUCCCAUGCUGUGGCUCAGUAAUGGGCAGAAGGCGGAGGCGGAGGAUGAGGAGAGAGAGCGCCUGAUUGGAACAUGA